GUUUCGUGGACUUUGAUAAUGAGAGUGAUUGCAAGGCAGCAAAGGAGGCCAUGGAGGAUGGUGAAAUAGACGGCAGCAAAGUGACUCUGGACUACGCCAAGCCAAAGGGUGAUGGUGGCUUCCGUGGAGGCAGAGGUGGCGGCGGCGGCGGAGGACGAGGAGGUUUCCGUGGAGGCCGUGGUGGGUUCGGCGGGUUUGGUGGGUUCGGCGGUCGUGGUGGCGGCAGAGGAGGAGGAGGAAGGGGUGGACGCGGUGGACGUGGAGGCUUUGGAGGUGGAAGAGGAGGCGGCGGAUUUGGAGCAAAACCCCAGGGGAAGAAAAUCAAGUUUGAUGACUAAAUCUUUGGUCUAUUUUUUAUGUUUUUCAAUGGACUCUGGCUUCAUCGGUUUUCAGAGCCUUUGGACAUUCCAGAAAACGUCAUAGUUAUAUUUAACUGUAAAGGGGCAUUUUAAGCCCUUUCUAGACCUCCCUCACCUACUCUACCCUCCUGUGCCAGAAUGGUACUUCAGACCUUUUCAGCUUAUGUGCUACAUGUGAGAACUGAAUGUCCCAAAUGCAGACCUGCACCUCUUUUCCUCCUAAGGUUUUUCAGAAGGAGUAAUAUGAAAUAUCUGAAAAGCAAGUUUGUGUAACAAAAAGCUUGUUUUGUCAGAUAUAUUGUGUAAAUUUAAACAGUUUGUAUGUUUUCAUUUUACCUUUUUGUAAAAAAGAAUUUACACUUGUAUCCGUUUUUAUUUUGUUUUAGUUUUCAUUAGUUAAGUUUUACUGUGAAAUGAUUUGUAUUUUCAUGGUUUGCUGAGUAUCUGUCACGGUUCUUUGAUGGGGAUAAGUAGGUUGCGGAUGCAAGGCCACUGUGUAACAAAACAUGUAUUGAUUAAUUUUUUUCUCCAUCUCAAGAUUUUCACUUGAAAUAAAACCUCAUAGGGCAGUCUUUUUAAUGUCGUCAAAAUUAAA